AUGUCAAAUAAACAUACUAAAGUUUCAAUAAAAUAUUGUACGAAAUGUAAAUGGUCAAAUAGAGCAAUAUGGUACGUGCAAGAAUUAUUACAAACUUUCUCAUCACCAAUUAUAAAUGAAUAUUCAAUAUUACCAGAAUUUGAAAAUGCAGGAAUUUUUGAAAUUUAUAUUUCUCAAACAAGUCAAUCACAAUCGAAUGAAUCAAAAGAAAUUACACGCCAAGUUCAUACUAAAUUAAUUUAUAGAAGGAAAAUGAAAAAAGAUCCAAAAUUGAAUAAAGAUGUUGAAGAUGUUACAUAUGAUGGAUUUCCUGAUGCAAAAUUAUUAAAAAAUUUAGUUCGUCAACAAUUAGAAAAAUGGGAUUUACAAAAUAAUGAUAAUGGAGUAAGUAGUACAAAUGAUUUGGGAGAACAUUUAAAAAGAGGUGAUAAGGGUAAUUUGUUGAACGAUGGUAGUGAAAAAAUAAUUGAUGAUGAUGAAGAAACAAAUAAUUUUCAACCUGGCGAUUGUAUUGAAUGUGAAAAAUCUUGA